AUGAUUCACUUACUAACAUUAUGGUUGGUAUAUUAUAUUGCUGCUGCAACAAAUGGGCGACUUAUUUACAACAGUACGAUAUCUGCUAAACAACAACGACCUGUACAGAACAUCCAUGGAAAAGCAGUAGAUCGAAUGGUAAAGACAGUGGAUGAGAAAUUAAACAAUGAUCGUUUGAUACUCAUAUCUUAUUUGGCUGCAAUAAGUCAGUUUCCAAAGAAUCUAUUCGAUUCACUAAAAUUACUGUCUGAGGCUAGUAACAUUGAAACAGCAGCUGAAAGGGAUAAAAAUUAUGGCUACUUGUCGAAAUGCUUCCGAACAGACUUUGAAGGUUCGAUGAUAUCCGGAGCUUUAAAAGUAGCCGUGGACGAUGUGAAUGCCGAUCCGGAAUUGCUUCCAAAUCAUAAGCUAAUUUAUACCUUCAACAACACAUGUGGCGACGAGCAGCAAAGUACUCGGUUUUUCAUGCAACACUGGGCACAAGGUGCUAAAGUUUUCAUCGGUCCAGAAAUGAACUGUCGGACGGAAGCGACAAUGGCAGCUGCUCAGAAUUUACCCAUUUUAUCUUAUAAAUGCAAGGAUGCGAUGAUGUCCGACAAAUCCAAAUAUCCAACAUUUGCGAGAACAGUACCAACGGAAACAGAAAUAACGGCUGCCAUGAUUGCACUGUUCAAACAUUUCAAAUGGCGCAAAUUCUCAGUAAUUUAUGAGAGGAAUGUAGCAAACGAGGAGUUAUUCCACUCGAUAAAGAGCACUAUUGAAAAGCAGAAUGUGGGCCUGAAAGCCAUUUAUGAUCAUUAUAUGAUCAUAAAUGUGAGUAUUGUACCCCAUCCGUUCUCGGAAAUUGAACGAAGCAAUAUCGAGCAAAUCAUACGUGAUACAUAUGCCUCAACUCGGAUUUAUCUGACGCUUGGAAAUGUUCGUUUGUUUCGUCGGAUACUUCUGGAAAUGGGAGCGCAAGGUUUAAUGGAAUCUGGUGAUUAUGCGUUGAUUUAUCUGGAUCCCGAUUAUAACUGGUUGAACACCUAUCAUGCCAUGAAUAAUCAUUUUUUCAGAGAUACUCUGCUUUCGGUAAAGCAAUCAUGGGAUGAUUUGAAUUCACAAGAUCGAAAAGUUGUAAAUUUUUCGAAAUUUGCUCUGGCAAUCAUUCCAACGCCGGUACAGUUAAAUGCUCCAGAAUUUAUAGCAUUUUGGCGUAAAGCUAAUCAUUAUUUACCACUAUUUGGUAUGAAACAGAGCAAUACUACAACUUCUAUUAAAGCAAAUCGUUUUGCAUGUUAUUUAUAUGAUGCUGUGAAAUUAUAUGCAUUAGCAUUAACAAUAGUAUUGAACGAAACUACCAGUGAGCAAUAUUCAGAUGGCUAUGAUCCUGUCUCGGAUGGAAAACGGAUCAUUAAUCACAUCUUGGGGCGUGUGUAUCGAAGUAUACAAGGAUUCGAUAUGCAUAUUAAUAGCAACGGGGAUGCACAAGGCAAUUAUACUCUACUGGCACUACAAGAAAUAGAGCCAGUACUGGAUGUGAAUAAUCCGGACUACUAUCCGCUUAAUUAUGGUUUAGCUAUUACUGCUGAUUUCGUUCACGACUUUUUGGGCGAUCUUCCUCUGUUACGCUUCAAACGUAAUAUCCAAUGGCCUACCGGAUUUGCACCUCGUGACGAACCUAUUUGUGGAUUUCAUGGGAAAAUGUGCAAAAAAGAUUGGUGGUUAACAGUUUUUCUGACAACAACCACUGCGUUCUGUUUUUUCUCGGUUAUUGGAAGUGCAAUGAUUUAUCGGAGUUACAAAUUUGAGAAAGAGCUAUCAAAUGUUUGGAAAAUUGAUCAACGCGAAAUCGAAAAGAUUGUACAGUGCUGUGAGUCUGCUGUUUCAUUAUAUGUUGUGGAAAAUAACCAGAUGUUGCUGCAGAACGAUGAGGAGUGCAAUCAGGAGAAACGGUGGCCUGGAUUAUGUGGUGUUGCACUUUAUAAAGGAGCUGUGGUAUCCAUUAAUGAAAUUACUUAUCCGCGUAAGGUAAAGGAAUUGACUCGAGCAGCCAAAUUGGAAAUGAGAAUUAUGCGUCAGUUGCAUCAUGACAAUGUUAACUCAUUCAGGGGAAUUGUGGUUGGUUCGUCAUCUAUAUGUGUAGUGAGAGAAUUCUGCGCGAGAAGUUCAUUGAUGGAUAUCCUCCGUAAUCAUGACCUCAAAUUGGACCAUUUAUUCAUCGCAUCAUUUGUGGAAGAUCUUGUAAAGGGCAUGAUAUAUCUGCAUGAAUCAGACUUGGGAGUCCAUGGAAAUCUAAAAUCUACCAACUGCUUGAUUACAAGUCGAUGGGCUUUACAAAUAGCUGAUUUCGGGUUACACGAAAUUCGAGAUGGCCAGGAAUGGGGAAGUGAUGAUUUUAUGUGGGAAAAUUUUCUGUGGACGUCGCCGGAAUUGUUACUGAAAAGUGGAUGUGUGCAUUCUGUUAAAGGUACUCAAAAGGGCGAUGCUUAUUCGUUUGGUAUUAUCUUGCAUGAAAUUAUAACACGACAGGGACCAUUCAUGAUGCUCCGAAACAGUGAUUUAACUGCCAAAGAAGUAGUGUUGAAUGUAUUGAAUAAUGUUGAUUAUCGUCCAUCAUGUGACGGGCUCCCGGCUGCCAGUUAUGUUGUCAAUGUUAUGACAAUGAGUUGGUCUGCUAUUCCCGGGAAUCGUCCCGACUUCCGAACUAUUCGACACAAACUAAAACCUAUGUUUGAACCAAUUUACAAAAGAAAUAUUAUGGACCAUAUGAUGGUAAUGAUGGAGAAAUAUCAAAAUCAGUUGGAAGAUUUAGUGGAUGAGCGUACCACUGAAUUGAGAGAAGAAAAACGGCGAACAGAAAAUUUGCUUCAGCGUAUGCUGCCUGUUUCGGUGGCUCAGCAGUUGCUUGCUGGUCGGGAUGUUGUACCGGAAUCGUUUUCUUCUGUUACCAUUUAUUUCUCGGAUAUUGUCGACUUUACAAAAAUCUCAGGCGUAUCAACUCCUUUGCAAGUAGUUGAAUUCCUCAACAAAUUAUAUACCCUAUUUGAUCAUAUCAUCAAACAGUAUGAUGUUUACAAGGUGGAAACGAUAGGUGACGCAUACAUGGUAGUCUCUGGAAUGCCUGAAGCUCGUCCGGUCGAAGUACAUGCAGAACAAAUUGGUAUGAUGGCACUUCAUCUUCUGGCUGCUGUUCGGAACUUUAAAAUCCCACAUCUACCCCAGGAACAGCUCAGAUUACGUAUUGGCAUUCAUACAGGACCGUGUGUGGCUGGUGUUGUAGGCAAAACAAUGCCACGUUACUGUUUGUUCGGUGAUACAGUGAAUACAGCUUCACGUAUGGAAAGCAAUGGUUGUCCCCUGAAAAUUCACUGCAGCGAAGAAACGCAUGAUGUUCUAGCAAGGAUUGAUGGUUUUGAAUUGAAAAAACGAGGCACGCUGCAAAUUAAGGGUAAAGGAUUAAUGACUACGUAUUGGUUAACAUCUCGUAGAAAUGCAACAUUUGCAAUAAAGGAUGAAUGCGAGCUGUUGUUGGAUGAAAAGUUGACACCGAAUAUUUUUCCACGAAUGUCUGUUCGAAAUAGAAGACUUUCCACUUCGGCAGUCAGUAAAGGAUCAUCUAUUUCUUUGGUUGGAAAGGAGCCAUCGUUGUUACGCCGUAUCAUUGAACGUGCUACAUUUCUUCGGGACGAUAACUUGUGUACUAGUUAUAUCCAUGAAAAUAACAAUGUCAACAGUAACAGGCCACAACUGACAUGUUCGAUUUUUCCGUACAGACGAUCAUCUUCCCUACCUUAUAAGGAUGCGUGUGGUCAACAAAUGAAAGAUACAGAGAAAUUGCAAGUAAAUGAGAUGCAAAAAUCUGACAAUAUGCAAUAUCUUGGAAAUUAUAGUGGGAUGCAGUCACUCUGUAAAGGUUUGAUGUCAAGAAAACGUCCACUUUCUUAUGAAGCUGGUAUAUAUUCAACUGAUAAUGCUGAGAUAUCAGAUGUUCGUAGUCCAUUGAUUUUGGAAAAAUGCAAGAUAUCGAAAUGGCCAAAGCUCAUCAGAAGUGCACUUUCAUUGUCACAAAGUCGUGAUCGGGAACAGAAGAACCGGUUUGGUCAAAAUUUAAAAAACGUUUAGCCACAAGUACAUCCACAAAUUCAUCUUGGCACCGCUUGCCUCAUGCACUUUAUAGUUCGAAUUCAUCGAUCAUUCAUGCU